CGCGAACUUCUCUCAGUUGGUCCGGAGCGCAGCGGAGCAGCAGGAGUUCGGUCCGGACGGGCAGGACGGCGCAGAGGGGACACCAUGAAGCUCCUCCUGCUGCUGCUGGUGAUGAUGAUGAAGAUAUCUGGCAGCAGCAUGAUGAUGGAGACCAUCUCAGACCGAGGAACCAGAACCAGACGCUACGCCAUAAACCCACUGGGACACAAGUGGACUCACCACAACAUCACAUACAGGAUCAUAAAGUUCCCCAACACCCUGAACAAGGAGGACACCCGGAAGGCCAUCAGCAUCGCCUUCACCAAGUGGAGCGACGUGUCGCCGCUGACCUUCACCGAGGUCACCAACGGCAGCGCCACCGCUGACAUCACCAUCGGUUUCUACAUCUUUAACCACACCGACUGCUGGUGGUCUCCUCUCCAUCCGUGCUUCGACGGCCUGAACGGAGAGCUGGCUCACGCCUUCCUGCCGCCUCGAGGAGAGAUCCACUUCGACAACCACGAGUUCUGGAUCCUCGGGAAGUCCAGGUUCAGCUGGAAACAAGGCGUCUGGCUGAACGACCUGGUCCAGGUGGCGGCUCAUGAGAUCGGUCACGCUCUGGGACUGUGGCACUCCAGAGACCCGGAUGCCCUUAUGCAUCCCAACGCCACGUACACCGGGCAGAGAAACAUCGCUCAGGACGACGUGUGGGGGAUCCAGAGGCUCUAUGGAUGCCAGGAUAAGAAGAGGGUCUGUGAUCCAUGGGCUCGACUCGGAUUCUGCGAACGAAGAAAGACCUUCAUGAGGAAGAACUGUCCGCAGCGCUGUGACCUCUGCUACGAGCCCCUGGAUGUGGUUGCCACGCCAACAUCGCCCCCAGCCAACCUGAAGAUCAAGAUGGUUCCUCGAGGGAAGGUGGUGGGUUUCCGCUGUGGCACCAAAAGCCUCCGUUCUCCCCCCAAAGUCAGCUGGUACAAAGACGGCGAGCAGAUCCUGACCUCCAUCCCCGGAUACAUCGUGAUGAAGGACAGAGACCUUCGCAUCGUUGCAAAUGAGUUCAAUGAGGGCGUCUACACCUGCCGGAUCCACCGGCGUGGAGACAUCGUGUCCGCCAACUCCUGGGCCAUCCGGCUGAAACCAGAGCAGCCGUCCAACAGCUGAGAUCGUCUGCAGGCAUCACCACAGGGACAGCGAGGAGACGCGGAGGCAUAUGGGGCAUAGCAACCUGGAGGAAAAGUCUAGCAGUUUGCAGAGACACCAUGUUCCCAAAGAACCCGUCUUAUGGGGAGACAUUGACAGAGAAUCCUACAGACCCAACAGACGCAUGGAUCAGAACUUGACCUCAUCUCCUCAGGACUGGUACUGAAGUCAGGGACAUCAAUGAGUUGCAGAAUGCUCUGCCAGAGUCAGGUUCAAAUCAGGAGAGCUUGAACCAGGUCACCACAGACCCAUGAGAUGCUCUUUGACCUCUCUCCACAUCACUUGAACCUUCCAACGGUGAUUCUACUGAUGAGAGUCGGACCUCAAACAUGGCUCAACAGCCUCAGACUGGAUCACAUUGCCAGAACAAUAGAGGUUUCUGUUAUGUCAGCCUUAUCUGUGGACUUUUUCUGUGUCUCAACCAUCAGUUUCAGCCUUGGUCCGGACAGGAAAUGGCAUCAUUGUCUUCACACCUGAUCUGGUAUUCUCUACUCGGUUUCAAUGACUCGGCUCUAACAGAACUGGCACUGGAACAGAACUUUCAAACCCGAAGGUCAUCCAGGUCAGGCUGGGUCUCCAUCGGCACCAUGAGAAGAACCCUUCAGAGAACCUGGUUUGGGUUCCUAAUCAACUCCUGGAAGAUCUCACCACGGUCCUACAAACACCCCCCCGGUCCAUCUGAUUGGCUGAAUUUAUUUCUGUCAUACAGAGUAUUUCUACAGGGGUCUUUAAAGCCGCAGUAUGUAACUUUUAUAAACAAUAUUAGUAAAUAUUUGUUGAAACUGUCUCCAUGUUGUGACAGUAUGCUAUGAAUCAACUAGUCUGUGAAAACAAAUUGAUUGACAGCGCUAAGCCCCGCCUCUUGCACACAUCUUAGCACUAAUAAGGUGCUAAGACCCAUUCUGACUGGUUGUUUCUGGUUAUCACUGAGAGAAAGCAGAGGAGCUCCAUGCUGUCUGGUGAACGUUUAAACAAAUAGGUAAAAAUCUAUUUUUUUAUAAAAGUUAUAUACUGCACUUUUAAACUCCCACAGCCAACAUCUACCAGAUAACAUUCUAGUUCCUAAUAUUGUGACGAUAGAAACCUUUUGAUAUGUAAAUAAACUCUGUUGGCUUCCAGUUGCAGGAACUUAUUCUUUCCUAUCCAUCUCAGAAAUAUUCACUGUCCUGCGAUUAAACUCCCAAAGUUCCAGCUUCUCUUCUUAUUGGAUGAGUUCAGGUCUCAGAUUUCUCAAGUGGAAAUAAAAGAUGUCAACCAAAGUUUACUAUAUUCUGAAUAUUGGUCAGAAAAAGUUGUGAAAUACUUGAGAGCUAACAGAUGUCUGGAUAUCCAGCUAAUUUUUCUACUUUUAUUUAUAGCAAAUGGCACUUUGCAGCUGUAAGAGAGAAAGAUUUGUGGAAUACAUUUCUACCCAAAAUGUUUUGAGAUUAAUUUAAAAACUUGGAUAUCAUCUGAGUUUUUAGGUGGACAUGAACUAAUCUAUUGACCAAUGUGUUUUUCUCUAGUUUAGACUGAGGCUACAGUUAUUAUUUAUAUUUUAUUAUCUGAAGCUGAAAAGCACAAUACAAAGCUGUAAAUGCUGCCAUGGUGGUGCUAGCAACAUUUACUAGACAACAUUAAAAGUUAGCUGUGACUGCA